AUGGCUUAUGCGCAAUCGGAUCUUCGAACGAGACGCUCCAACUUCCCCAGCAGCUACGGCGGUUCUGACGGCGGCUUCGGCGGCUCUGAGAAGCAUGACCGGCAUGAUGACAGCCUGCCACUCUGGCAGAUGCCUCGACACUUACAGGUGACCUUUGUCCUCUUGUUUGUCACGGCAAUGUUUUUACACGCCGAUCAGAACUUGGCGGCUCCCAACCUUUCCGCCAUUGCGAGUGACUUUCAGAUGACGCCCAUGCAGAAGGACUCGCGGCUUGGGGGCCUGGUCCAAUUUGGCUUCUUCCUUGUCGGCGGUGCCGUGUCUGUUUUGGUGGGGCCGGCGGCGGACCAGUUCGACAGAAUAUCGGUGCUUUGUGGCGUCGUGCUCUGCGGCUGUAUCCCCUCCUUGCUGAUGAGCCUCAUGGUCCCAUCCACCAAGGCGGGCUUCUUCUACUUCUUCAUGGCGAGGAUAUGCACGGGUGUGGCCAUUGGAGGCUCCUUUCCAGUGCUCUUCGCUUUUUCCGCGGAUGUUUUCCCGGCUUCGCAGCGAACGCUGAUUUCUGGAGCUCUGAAUGCUGCUGGCAACAUUGGGGCCGCGCUUGGCGGACUCAUGUCGGGGGUUGUCGGCCCAAGCUAUGGCUGGAGGACUCCGUUCACCAUCAUUGCCGUGCCAACCUUGGUGUGCGCGGUGCUGGUCCGCCUUUGCCUCUCAGACCCACGCACAGUGCAGAAGGCCAAAGCCAAGCGGGAGGAGCCCAUUCUGAAUGAGGCCUUUUCAGCUUGGAUGGGCGGCUCCGAGAUCAGAGGGGAGGGCCUGAGCAUGGAAGACCUCGACCUCAGCAAAUUUCAGAAGGUGUUUGCCGUGAGGUCCAACGUGCUGAUUUUCGUGCAGGCCCUGCCCGGGUGCAUCCCGAUCUCUGUGAUUGUCACCUUCCUGGCCGACUACCUGGCCACGGACCAGGGCAUGGCGGUGGAGGCCUCCACAGCUGUCACAGCGAUCUUCGGCUUGAGCUGCCUGUGCUUUGGUGUUGCUGGGGGCGUCCUGGGGCAGACACUGUGGAACCAGAGGCAGAAGAACAUGCAGCACUUCUGCCUGCUCACUGCUAGCGGUAUGUUUGUCGCGCCAUUGCCCUUCAUGCUUUUGGUGAACUCCUCUCAGGCAAUGAUCACAACAGCAGCGGGGCGGCCGACGAUGUACGCAUUCUUCCUGGCCUUGUGUGGCGGCUGUGCGGCCUUGGCAGGUCCUAACAUCCGAGCCAUUCUGAUGAAUGUGAACCCCUCCGAGCGGCGUGGCACGGUCUUCUCUGCCUUUACGCUCUGCGAUGAUCUGGGGAAGGGGCUGGGCCCAAGCUUUGCCACGCGGCUGCUAGAGUUCCUGAUUGCAUGCAACUUUGGGCGGAACUCCAGUGGAAUUCAAUUUUCAGGUGGUGCCAUCGUGAGCCAGCUGCGGCACUCCUUGCACGCCGACGCAGCGCGAGGGGCCUCGACUUUCGGCGCGACUGCGCCGUGGGGCAUCCAUGGCAGGAUGCCCCUGCGGAUCUUCCUGAUCUGCCCUUCCAACACUGCUGAAGACAUCACAGCCGCUGUCCUCGGGCUGCUGCGAAAGGACGUGGCAAGCCGAAUGACCUUGGACAGCGCGCUUUCCAUCAGCAGCUCCGUGGCAGCGCUUGUGGCUCCCCCGUUUGAGGUGAUUCUGGAGGAGGAACCAGAAGCAGACGCAGAGGAUGCUUGCGAUGGUUUGGCACGGGGCGAUGACAGCGAUGCUGACAGCUGGCAAGAUGCGGAGCUGGUUGAAACCUGGAGAGCGUCAUCAGCUGCCGGCUUGGCAAGAGCCGCUUUGGGGGCGGAUGAGGAUGACCCAGAGCAACUUCGGAGUGCGCUACUGGCGUUGCAGCAUGAGCGAGUCCUCAUGGAGCCGGCUGCGCCUCGCGCUCACGAGGACGAAGGUCUUCCUUGUGCCGACCCAGGAGUGGAUGCUCCCGCCUUGGAUGCCUUGGCAGAGGAGAUUGAGGUCCGUCUUGGGGCACUGCGCGUUGAUGCAGCAGCAUUGCUCGAAGGGCUUUUGUGCAAGGAGGCCAACAGCGAGCCUGACCAGAGAGACGACGCAUCUGUGGGUUCUGACGAAGAUGCGAUAGAGGUCGCAACCACGCUUGGAGUUGACACUGGAGCUGCCGAAGAGCGGCUGGCUUCGGUGCGGCGAAUGCUGAGCGUGCGCGUGAUCUGGGGGCCAGCAGUGCGGUUUUGCCUGCUGCCACUCCGAGUGAGUUUCAGGGCACUUGUCCACCAGGUGGCUGCUCGCUUUCAAGUCAAGUCUGCGUCAACUUUGCAGCUUUGUUGGAGAGAGGCAGACAUGGCAUUCCCCCUGGACAGCGAGGUGGCUUGGGAGGAGUGCCUGCAGCGGCGGGGGCUUGCGGAGCGGCCCGGGCGUGUGGAGCUUCAGGUGCUGAACCCCGGCCCUCCGCGAAGGUGCCGCAGGCCUCGGAAGUCACCGGAGCCCGAGAAGAAUGGCGCACCCGGGAGCAUGCAGCCGAGCCCUAGCAACGCAGCUUUCUUGGUGACCGGCACGCAGGCCUUGCCUGUGCCCAGUGACCUGUGCGAAGAUUUCCGCUCCGUGCAAGCUCGAGGCCGGGGCGGUCGCAGACGGCGCGGCGUGGCCCAGGGACGAGCCUGGGCCAUGGCCACUGGCAGGCUGUCCCUCCGCUCGGCAGUUGCAGCUCUCGACGACAGCCAGGUUUGGACCAGCCCUGAUGCCAAAAAGGCGAGCCAGGGCACUCCGUGGGAUGGUCCAGCUUUGGAUGCUUCGCAGGCAUCCUCUGCACAAGUCUUCGAUUUUGCUUCCGACAAGGAGAUGGAGGAGCAAGUUGAAAACACUCAGAACAUUUGCAUCUCGAUGAUGCUGCUGGGCUGUAUGGGCUUCAUGAUGUCCAACUUCUACCUUGUGAAUUGGCCUGACGAAGACAUCAAGCGAAUCUCCUGGGAGGUCAUCAGCUCCACAGUGUCCAUCUUCUCGGCCGUGCUGCUCUUUCAGGCCUGUAACAAGGUCGUGGAGUACUACAUCCUGGACGGCAUGUGGAUAUGGUACCAGCUUGUGGUGGAUAUGGUGCACAUGUUGCUGUGGUUCUGCGCCCUUCAACUGGUAUUGGCUUACCUGUCGGGCGCAAUGGGCACUCAUGCAGACGUUGAAAAGAAGAGGAGAUCCUCGUUCAAGCUGCUCGAGGGGCCCCUGACUCCAAGAGCAAAAUUGGAACGCCAGAAGUCAGAGAUAGCUCAUAUGAAGGCAGUCAAGAUCAACACCGUCUGCUGGUCAACGCUGCUGGGCCACGUCACAGGCUUUGCAGCCAUCAAUGCCUGGGGCACCCUGCAACAGGCAGUUCCUCGCAACCUGAUUUGGUGCUCUGCUGUGCCCGCACUGGCGGUGGGUGGCAUCUACUGCAUCUACCAAGGCACGGAUUACCUCCGCAAGACCAAAACCAUGGCAGAUGGUGACGAGGAUGAAUUUGAGGCGCUCUGGGGGGAAGAAGUCGCAGAAACUGAAGACGACGUCUUGUCGCUGGCCGUGUCCUUCUUGGUGGUGCAGGUUCUGCGCUUUCUGAUUACCGGCAACCUUCCCAACACCGAGGGAGAGGAUCCGGAGGGUAUGACGCAUUCCACCCUGUCCUGUGAGCUGCUUCUUCUGGCUGGACUUGUCUUCGGAUGCUUCGAUACUGCGAGGAUUGUUCUGCGAAAGUUCCUGAGCGGCAAAGACCAGAAAGAGCCCGAAGCCGUCCUCACCACUCACUCCACUCACUCCUUUGAGCUGGACGAGAAUCACCGCGCUGCAGCUUGGUUCAGGGACAUUGCGGCAAUGUGCACGGCCUGGUGCUUGCACUUCAGUGUGGACUGGUGGCUGUCCUCGAACCUGAUGGGGGAGGGAGCUGUAUUGUCCGUGAUCUGUGCCGUGGCGGUGACAGGCCUCGCCUUGGGCUUGAUUUUUGUCCUUGACAAGCUCGCUGACAUGGAUUUCACCGAUGAUGAGGUGGAUUGCUCCCUGCGUGCCCUGAUCACAUCCCUGGGUAUCUUAAUCGGCUUCUCUUGGGAAAGAAGCUUUGAUGCAGCAGUAGGAGGUCUUGCAGAGAACCGAGUGUUCGGGCUCCCCCCACCGAUUCUGACGCUGAUUCUGGCAAUCAUUUUGGCAAGCAUGGUAAUGCCUGCAUGGAAGUGGUACAUCCUUCCGGUGGUAGAGGCCAACAAGGAGGAGAGCCACAACCGGGGCGACCAUCAUGCAGCUUCCGUAGCGGAUCUCUUGAAGCUCGCCCACUCUCAUCAGGAUGAGGAAAAUGUGUCUACAACAAAUUUGAACGAGCCAUUGCUGAAAGGGCAUCAGCCCGAGGGCGAACAGGACGCCGACCAUUCCCAUGCCAGGUCUCAAGAGGCCAUGGAGGCGGUGACCCGGCGCUUGGCCGAGCUGGAGGUGCAGAACGCGGAGAAGGACCGGAGCCUGGCAGAGGCCCAGCGGAACCUUGCGGAGCUGGAGAUACUCCGCACAAAGCAAGGAGCCACACAUGCUGAGGUCGCUGACAAGUUCCGGGCCCAGCUGCAGGAGAGGGACAGACAGCUGCAGGAGCAUGUUGUCAAGGCGAAAGUUGCCGAGGAUUCUGCCAAAGGACUAUCAGCUGAAUUGGAGCUACUGAGAAGAUCGCAAGGGGAUCGUGGGUCGCUGGUCAACCAACUGCAGGCGAACAGCGCGGAGCUCCGUGGCCAGGUGAAACAGUUGGAGGAGGAGUUGGCAAAGGCCAGGGCAGCCGCAGCUGAGAAGCACGCAUUGGCGAUCCAAUGGGAGCAAAGGGCCAACGAGGCUGGGCAGCGGGCAGAGCUGGACCGCACUUCGAGGAUGCAGGCACAGCAGUCGCCCCAAAAGGGCCUGUCGGAGGAGCUGAAGGAACUGGCAAAGGCCACCCAAGAGGUCAAUCACACAGCCAACCGGCUUGGGAACUUGGAGAAGGAGAAUCGCCUGCUGCGCGAGGAGGUCAAUCGGUUGAAGCGCGAAAGCACAACAAGACCAACGCCGCAAAUUUGGAAGGGCCACGCAUCGCAGCCACAAUCUGGUCCAGAGAGGCGGUGGUCCGUGAAUGUCACCUCACCACACACUGCAGCGGCGCCACAGCGGGAUCCGACCUCCGCGCAAGUGAGCAGAGCCGGCACACCGCAGCGGCCGGCAUUCAAGCCAGCCGCCUUCGCCUCGCCAUAUUUGAGAGUCUCCCAGCCGGUCACGCAUUCUGCGUCGGCGCCGAGCCGGAGCUCGCUGCCCCUGUCGCCGACCAAGAGAGAAGCGAGCCGAGUGGCGCCACCUACCGGUUCUCCCCAGCCUUGGACAGGAGGGCAGGUGUGA